AUGUAGCUGAAGUCAGUUCAUCAAUACUACAUAAAAGCCAAAAACCAAUCUAAGGAUUAGAAAGGGACAAAAUGUAAGGAUUAGACAUAAACCACUGCAUCUUAAAUCUCUCUGAUUUUGAGUAGAAUGAACAACAAAAAUAUCCAGGAUACAAAGGCAGUGUCUGAUAGGGCUAAGAACAAUAUAUAGAUAUCUCCUAAAUUAUAGAAUUGUUUGUCAGCCUCGAAUCUAAUGAGCAAAACUUCUUAAUCGCCUAAAAUAAGUGAAUGCACAUUAAUAGAUAAAAAAUUUGCAAAAGAAUGUCCGAGUAGAAUCACUAAUGGAACUGAAAUACAAUUGCCCACUGAAAUUAACAGUUUCUUGGAGAUGGAGGAGAGAAAGAGAAGAUUAAAUAAUUUCAAGGAACAACUCUAAUAAAACAUAAUGAAGAUUCAGCAUUUGGACCAACUUUAAACUUAAGUAAAAUUGAUUGAAUAACAGCUACAUUCUAUUGUUUAGACAAUCAUUUAAUUAAAAGAUUCCUUAUGCUUGUAAUUACAAUAGGAAUAAUUGACCUAUACAUAAAUCACUUAAUCUAUUUCAGAUUCAUUGUAUAAAAUGAAAGAUGAUAUACUUCAUAAUGAGGUGAAUAUUGUUGAGUCGAUGUAAAUGAAACCAUUUUAAAAUAUCAUGACUAUUUACAAAAAGAGAUUGGAUGAACACUAUAGUUGUGUGUAAUAAAUGAUCGGCAAGAGAUAGUUUGUUAUUCAAUUUAAUUAAUGGUGCCAACAAUUGAUGUUAAAACUCUAAGUGGAUACAAAAUCAACCUUUGAUUCGGAGUAAAAAGAGAAUUGUUUUUAUGGGAGUAAUAAAAUAGCAGAAUCCCCAAAAUUUCGCAGCAAUUGA